AGCCUCUUUAAAAAUAAUAAACUCGUUUUGCACCCUCCUCACUCUCAUAACAACAACAAAAAGCCCCAAACCUAACACUCCUUUGGUGGCUCCCAGCGCCAGCUCUGCCAAAAUCAGACUCUUAAAAGGGAGGCAAGGACCCCCCCAAGAGGUUAAAUAUUAAGCUUUCCGGAUCAGAUAGUGACAGUACUUAGAAAGACACUGCGAGUCGCUCAUAGAAAGGUUUCAUAGCAUGUGACGCCCGGGAAUAAAACACUCUUCGGAGGUUUGUAUUUACACUGUCCUGGCGCGGCCGGCUCCAGUGGCCUUUCCCCAGUUUCGCCAAGGCAGAGUCGGGUCUGGAGCGCAGCGCCCACGGGUUAGCUUUCUAAGCCGCCUCCCGGGAGACUGAAGCGUCCAGGAGGAAAGAGCGUGGAUUUUAACUUUUCGCGGAAAGAGGGCUACUCCCGAUUUUACUUCUGAGUACCAGAUCUGCAGCUGCUGACCCCGAGGGCGAGGUUACUUUCUGAAACUUGUUUUUUUUUUCUUUUCCCCUUUUUCUUUUCUCCCCUCUGUCUUCUGCGGCCCGUCCCUCCUCUCCCCGCCAAGACGCUGUGUGUGCCACCUCGCGCAGCUCCGCCUGGUCGCCCGGAGGGGUUCCACCGCCCGCCGGCCGCGCGCCCCAGGCGGGCCCGCCACCGAGCGCCAGCCGCGGCCAUGCACACUACGGAGCCCCCGCCACCCGAGGACUCUGGGACUACGUUGAGGCUAAACUUUUAGGUCCCACGGAGUGAGGCCUGCGGGCCGGGUGGGGGGCUGGCCGCGGCACUCCCGCGGAGGAUGGAUGGCCGAGACUUCGGGCCCCAGCGGUCCGUGCAUGGCCCCCCGCCGCCGCUGCUGUCCGGCUUGGCCAUGGACAGCCACCGCGUGGGCGCGGCUACUGCCGGACGCUUGCCUGGCUCCAGCUUGCCCGGCCCGCUGCCGCCCGGGAAGUACAUGGCCGGCCUCAACCUCCACCAGCACCCGGGCGAGGCCUUCUUGGGCAGCUUCGUGGCCAGCGGGAUGGGGCCCUCGGCUUCAUCCCAGGGAAGCCCAGUGCCCCUGCCCUCUGACCUCUCCUUCCGCUCCCCCACCCCCAGCAACCUGCCCAUGGUGCAGCUGUGGGCCGCCCAUGCCCAUGAAGGCUUCUCCCACCUGCCCAGUGGGCUGUACCCCUCCUACCUCCACCUGAACCACCUGGAGCCCCCCAGCAGCGGGAGCCCCCUCCUCAGCCAGCUGGGCCAACCCAGCAUCUUUGAUACCCAGAAAGACGGCUUCUACCUGCCCGCCCCAGGGGCCCCGGGCACCCUGCACUCCCACGCGCCCUCCUCCAGGACCACCAGCGGCCACAACUCGGGCGCGACGGCCAAAGGCUCAGCAUCAUCGCGCGAGGGGACAACCAAGGAGCGUGCAGGCCGCGGGGGAGAGCCCCCGCUGUUCGGCAAGAAGGACCCCCGUGUGCGCGAGGAGGCCGCUGGGCGCGGCGUGGUGGACCUGACCCAGGAGGCGCGGACCGAGGGCCGCCCGGACCGAGCACCCGGGCGUCUGCCCGAACGCCUGUCGCCCUUUCUGGCUGAGACCAAGGGCAAGGGGGUGCUGCAGGCGUCCGCGCUGGGCAUGUGCAACGGCGCGGCCGACGCAGGGCUGGGGCCCAAGGAGGCGACCCGGCAGGACGAGAGCGUGCGACUGCUGCGACGCGCGGAGGCCCUGCUGCCGGUGCCACGACCCUGUCCCUCGCCGCUGCCCCCGCCGCCCCCAAAGGGGCCCCCCGCUCCCCCCUCCUCGGCACCCGCUGGCGUCUACACCGUGUUCCGCGAGCCGGGACGCGAGCACCGCGUGGUGGCGCCCACCUUCGUGCCUUCUGUGGAGGCCUUCGACGAGCGUGCAGGUCCCAUCCAGAUCGCGUCGCAGGCGCGCGACACUCGGGCGCGCGAGCGCGAGGCGGGGCGGCCCGGGGUGCUGCAGGCGCCCCCAGGAUCCCCGCGGCCCGAGCGCCCCGAGGUCCUGCGUGAGAAGAACUCGGUCAUCCGCUCGCUCAAGCGCCCGCCCCCUGCUGAUGCGGCCCCGGCCCGAGCCGCUCGCACCUCCCCCGAUCCCCGAGUCUACCUGCCGCCCAAGGAGCUGCCCAAGCCGGAGGCCGAGCCGCGGGCGUGUGAGCGUACGCCCCGCGGGGCCCCGCAGUCUACCAAGCUCUUCAGCCUGGAGCCUACGCGUGUCCCCGCUCCCCCAGGCCCAGAGCACAAGUGGAAGCCCUUCGAGCUGGGCAACUUCGCCACGACGCAGAUGGCCGUGCUUGCUGCGCAGCACCACCAUGCCAGCCGCACCGCCGAAGAGGAUGCCUCCAAGAAGGCAUACCUGGACCCCGGGGGCGCACUGUCCCGCGCCCGGCCUGGCGCAGACCUGCACCCUGCGGCAGCAGGGGCUCACGGACCUGGGGAGGCCUCGGCCAUGCAGAGUCUCAUCAAGUACAGUGGCAGCUUUGCUCGAGAGGCGGUGGCCGUGCGUCCUGGCGGAUGUGGCAAGAAGAGCCCCUUUGGGGGUCUGGGCACCAUGAAACCAGAGCCCUCGCCCACCUCUGUGGGUACCCCGCGUGCCCAGGCCCGACUCCCACACCCGGGUGGCCCUGCAUCGAGUGGGGGCCGGCAGCUGAAGCGGGACCCAGAGAGACCAGAGAGUGCCAAGACCUUUGUGCGCGAGGGCUCUGGUGCCCAAGGGGAGGCUGAGGUGCGGCACCCGCCUGUGGGCAUUGCCGUGGCAGUGGCCAGGCAGAAGGACAGUGGUGGCAGUGGCCGGCUGGGGCCUGGGCUGGCAGACCAGGAGCGUUCCCUGUCCCUGAGCAAUGUCAAAGGGCACGGCCGGGCUGACGAGGACUGUGCAGAGGACCGGGCCAGGCACCGGGAGGAGCGGCUGCUCGGGGGACGGCUGGACCGGGACCAGGAGAAGCUGCUCCGAGAAAGUAAGGAGCUGGCGGACCUGGCCCGCCUGCAUCCCACCAGCUGUGCUCCUAAUGGCCUGAACCCCAACCUCAUGGUGACUGGGGGCCCGGCAUUGCCGGGCUCAGGCCGCUGGUCUGCUGACCCUGCGGCACACCUGGCCACACACCCCUGGCUGCCCCGCUCUGGCAGCACAUCCAUGUGGCUCGCUGGCCACCCCUAUGGUUUGGGCCCCCCCUCUCUGCACCAGGGCAUGGCGCCUGCCUUCCCACCUGGCCUGGGGGCCUCCCUGCCAUCGGCCUACCAGUUUGUCAGGGACCCUCAGUCAGGCCAGCUGGUAGUCAUCCCCAGCGAUCACCUGCCUCAUUUUGCUGAGCUGAUGGAGCGGGCCGCCGUGCCACCCCUCUGGCCAGCACUGUACCCUCCGGGCCGCAGCCCCCUGCACCAUGCACAGCAUCUGCAGCUUUUCUCGCAGCAGCACUUCCUGCGGCAGCAGGAGCUCCUCUACCUACAGCAGCAGGCCGCCCAGGCCCUGGAGCUGCAGCGCAGUGCCCAGAUAGUGCAGGAGCGGCUGAAGGCCCAAGAGCAGCGGGUCGAGAUGGAGGAGAAAGUAAGCAAGCGGAGCCUGGAUGCUGCGGGCAAGGCUGGCCUGGCUGCUGCAGGCCCAGGGCUGCUGCCUCGCAAGCCCCCCGGCCUGACCACCGGCCCUGCGGGUGCCUAUGGCAAGGCCGUGAGCCCACCGCUGUCACCCCGUGCCUCCCCCGUGGCUGCCCUGAAGGCCAAGGUCAUCCAGAAGCUGGAGGAUGUGGCCAAGCCGCCCGCCUACACCUACCCCGCCACGCCCAGCUCCCUCCCCAGCAGCCCACCACCCGCCUCCCCACCUCCCACCCCCGGCCUCACCCGCAAGGAGGAAGCCCCCGAGAAUGUGGUGGAGAAGAAGGACUUAGAACUGGAGAAGGAGGCCCCCAGCCCCUUCCAGGCCCUGUUCUCAGACAUCCCCCCGAGGUACCCGUUCCAAGCCCUGCCGCCGCACUACGGAAGGCCCUAUCCAUUCCUGCUGCAGCCCACAGCGGCCGCCGAUGCCGAUGGCCUGGCCCCCGACGUGCCGCUCCCGGCCAACGGUCCUGAGCGCCUAGAGCUCUCGCCCGAAAACAAACCCAUCUGCCUGUCGCCCUCUAAGAUCCCUGAGCCGCUGCAGGAGGGCCCGGAAGAAGAGCCGCUGGCCAACCGUGAGGUGAAGGCUGAGGUGGAGGAUGUGGACGAGGGCCCUGCGGAGUUGCCACCGCUGGAGUCACCGCUGGCCCUGCCUGUGUCCGAAACCAUGGUGGCAGCGAGCCCUGCGGGCAGCUGUGGAGGUGGCCUGCGGGAGGCUCAGGUGCUGGGCACCGCUGGGCAGGGCUGCCCAGAGCCCUCUGAAGACCCGGGUUUUGCAGAGAGGGCCGAGGCACAGGCGGAGUUGCUGGGCCGGACAGAGUCUCAUGUGGCCGUCCUGGAACUGGGAGGGCGGCUGUCGCCUGCGCCACUGGUGGAGACUAAGGAGGAACCAGUGGAGGUGCCCCUUGAUGUACCUGUGGAGACCCCUGUGCCUGAGGCAGGGCCCGAGGAGGGACUGGUACAGCCGGCCCUGAGUGAGCCCCAGCCCAGCCUCAAACUGCCAGACUGUGACCUGCCUGCCAAGGAGGGACAGUGCCCCGACCUAGAGGUCCAGGAGGCUGCACCUGCGUCUGCCAGCGCCAGCUACCUGGAAGAGGCGACCUCAGACCAGCUCCUGCCUGGCCUGGAGGACCCGCUGGCUGGUAUGAAUGUCCUGGUGGCUGCGGCGGAGAUGCCUCAGGCCAGGCCACUGCCCUCCCCAGACACCGGAGGCCAGGCCUUGGAGAGGCUGGACCCGGUCCCGAGCCUGGUCCUAGAGCAGGGAUUUCUGCAGGGCAUCACACUGCUGAGCGAGAUCGCAGAGCUGGAGCUCGAGAGGAGGACCCAGGAGGCAGGAGGUGCAGAGCCCGGCCUGGCCACGCGGCCCUCGCUGGAGAGCCUGCUGGCAGCCAGCAGCCACAUGCUGAAGGAGGUGCUGGACAGUCCCUUCUCAGACCCACUCAAGAACCUGCAGCUGCCGCGGGAGCUGAACCCCAACAAGAAGUACAGCUGGAUGCAGAAGAAAGAGGAGCGAAUGUUUGCUAUGAAGUCUUCCCUGGAAGACAUGGACGCCCUGGAGCUGGACUUCCGGAUGCGGCUGGCAGAGGUGCAGCGCCAGUACAAGGAGAAACAGCGUGAGCUCGUGAAGCUGCAGCGCCGCCGGGAGUCUGGGGACAGGCACGAGGAUCCCCAUAGAAGCUUGGCACGCAGAGGCCCUGGCAGGCCGAGGAAACGGACCCACGGCCCGAGCACCCUGUCGCCCCCCUGCAAGAGAGGGAAGAGCCACAGCAGUAGCGGAAAGCUGAGCAGCAAGUCCCUGCUGACAUCGGACGACUAUGAGCUGGGAGCUGGGAUAAGGAAGAGACACAAAGGGCCUGAGGAGGAACACGACGCUCUCAUUGGAAUAGGGAAGGCCAGGGGCAGGAACCAGAACUGGGAUGAACACGAGGCCUCAUCUGACUUCAUGAGUCAGCUAAAGAUUAAGAAGAAGAAGAUGGCCAGUGACCAGGAGCAGUUGGCAAGCAAGCUAGACAAGGCCCUCUCCCUCACAAAGCAGGACAAGUUGAAGUCACCCUUCAAGUUUUCGGACAGUUCUGGGGGGAAAUCGAAAACUAGUGGGAGUUGCGGCAGGUUCUUGAGUCCUUAUGACAGCCUGCUGGGCAAGAACACGAAGACACUGGCCAAAGGCCUGGGCUUGUCUCUGAAAUCCUCUAGAGAAGGUAAACACAAAAGGGCCACCAAAGCCAGGAAGAUGGAGGUGGGGUUCAAGGCCAGAGGCCAGUCCAAGUCGGCCCAUUCCCCGUUCGCCUCGGAAGUGAGCAGCUAUUCCUACAAUACGGACUCAGAGGAAGACGAAGACUUCCUGAAGGACGAGUGGCCUGGCCAAGGCCCCUCCGGCUCCAAACUGACCUCCUCCCUCCUGUGUGGCAUGGUGGCAAAGAACGGCAAGCCAGCCGCAGGCCCCAAGCUGACCAAGAGGGGCCCGGUGGCCCCCCGGACUCUGAAACCCAAGGCGGCCACCAGCAGGAAGCAGCCAUUCUGCUUGCUGCUUCGAGAGGCCAAGGCCCGCUUGUCCUGCAGUGACUCUUCGGAGGACUCGUUUGACCAAGAUGAGACCUCCGAGGAGGAUGAGGAGGAGCUGGAGGAGGAGGAGGACGAGGUUGGCGGCGGCUAUAGGCUGGGAGCUCAGGAGCGGGCACUGUCGCCAGGCCUGGAGGAGAGUGGGCUGGGCCUCCUGGCCCGCUUUGCCGCCAGCGCCCUCCCCAGUCCCAUGGUGGGACCAUCCCUGUCCGUGGUGCAGCUGGAGGCCAAGCAGAAGGCCCGGAAGAAAGAGGAGCGGCAGAGCCUGCGGAGCACAGAGUUCGAGUACACAGACUCAGAGAGCGAGGUCAAGGUGCGCCGGCCGCCGGCCACCACACUGCUGCGGCCCAAGAAGGCGCCCGGGGAGCCGAGCCCCCCGCUGGCCACGCCCGCGCCCUCAGCCCAUGGCCCCGGCAGCCCCAGCAAGGCCAAGCUGGCCGCCGACAAGGGGCGCAAGGCCCGCAAGCUGCGGGGUCCCAAGGAGCCGGGCUUCGAGGCGGGGCCUGAAGCCAGCGAUGACGACUUGUGGACCCGGCGGCGCAGCGAGCGCAUUUUCCUGCACGACGCCUCGGCCUCUGCGCCCGCGCCCGCACCCAGCAGCAGCGCUACGACCACUGCCAAGCCCGGCCGCUGCGCCCGGGGCCUGCCCAGCCCACGCAAGGACAGUGGCCGCACCCGGGACAGGAAGGACCCCAGGAAGAAGAAGAAAGGGAAGGAGGCUGGCUCUGCCACCAUGCUGCCACCACCCCGUGUCCCUAGCCUGCCCCCUGAGGCCAGGGCCCCUCAUGCCAGCCCCCUGGCCACCGCCAAGAGGACCAAAGCCAAGGCCAGCGGGAAGGAGGCCAAGAAGGAGAACCGUGGGAAGGGGGGUGCUGUGAGCAAGCUGAUGGAGAGCAUGGCUGCCGAGGAGGACUUCGAGCCCAACCAGGACUCAAGCUUCUCAGAGGACGAGCACCUGCCUCGGGGGGGUGCUGUGGAGCGACCGCUGACCCCAGCCCCGCGCUCCUGCGUCAUUGACAAGGACGAGCUGCAGGACGGGCUGCGUGUGCUCAUCCCCAUGGACGACAAGCUGCUGUAUGCGGGGCAUGUGCACACCGUGCACUCGCCGGACAUAUACCGUGUGGUGGUGGAGGGGGAGCGCGGGAACCGGCCCCACAUCUACUGCCUGGAGCAGCUGCUGCAGGAGGCGAUCAUUGAUGUGAGGCCAGCCUCCACCCGCUUCCUGCCGCAGGGGACCAGGAUCGCGGCCUACUGGAGCCAGCAGUACCGCUGCCUCUACCCGGGCACCGUGGUCCGAGGUUUGCUGGAUCUGGAGGAUGACGGGGACCUGAUCACCGUGGAGUUUGAUGACGGGGACACAGGCAGAAUCCCCCUGUCGCAUAUCCGCCUCCUGCCGCCCGAGUAUAAGAUCCAGUGUGCUGAGCCAUCCCCAGCCCUCCUGGUGCCCAGUGCCAAGCGCCGCAGCAGGAAGACCAGCAAAGACCCCGGGGAAGGCAAAGAGGGGCCCACAGCAGGGUCCGAGGAGCCAGGAGGCAAGGCUCGAGGGCGUGGGCGGAAGCCCAGCACCAAGGCCAAGGGCGACAGAGCCGCUGUCUCAGAGGAGGUGGCCUCCACUGAUGAGGUUCCCAUUACCUCCACGGGCCUGGAGCCAAUCGGCACCCCAAGUUCCAAGAAGAGCCCCCCAGAACCUGUGGACAAGCGGGCCAAAGCCCCCAAGGCCCGCCUGGCUCCCCCACAGCCUGGCCCAGUGCCAUCCACCUUUGCCAGCUGCCCAGCUCCUGAGCCCUUUGGGGAGCUGCCGGCCCCCACUGUGGCCCUGCCCCCGGCGCCCCUCAUCACCAUGCCCGCCACCCGGCCCAAGCCCAAGAAGGCCCUGGCCACAGAGGAUUUGGGGCCCAAGGGCCCCCGGAGGCCGGGGGAGGAAGCUGAGCUGCUCGUCAAGCUGGACCAUGAGGGGGUCACGUCCCCCAAAAGCAAGAAGGCCAAAGAGGCCCUGCUCCUCCGGGAAGACACGGUGGCGGGGGGCUGGCAGGAGCCCAAGGGCCUGGGUGGGGACCUUGCCCAGGAGCCUGGGGUGGGGCUCCCAAUGGAGGACCCUGGGGACCCCAAGAGCCCAGACAAGGCCCAGGCUGAGCAGGACGGGGCGGAGGAGUCAGAGAGCAGCAGCAGCAGCAGCAGCAGCAGCAGCAGCAGUAGCAGCAGCAGCAGCAGCAGUAGCAGCAGCAGCAGCUCGGAGACAGAAGGCGAGGAGGACAGCGACAAGACCCGGGGGGACAACCGGGCUGCGGGAGGACACACCUGCAGCGCCACCAGCUCCAGGGCGUCCUCCCCGGCCUCCCCGGCCUCCCCGGCCUCCUCCUCCUCCUCCUCCUCUUCCUCCUCCUCUUCUUCAUCCUCCUCCUCUUCUUCCUCUUCCUCUUCUUCUUCCUCCUCGUCCUCCUCUUCCUCCUCUUCCUCUUCCUCCUCUUCUUCCUCUUCCUCCUCUUCUUCCUCUUCCUCCUCCACCACGGACGAGGACUCCUCCUGCAGCUCAGACGACGAGGCGACCCGUGCGCCUGUGCCUGGCCCCUCCAGCCAGCCCGCCCUGCCUGCCAAGCCCCCCAAGCCAGCCAGCAAGGCCCGCUCCUCGGCUAAGAAGGCACCUGCUGCCCAGCCACCAGCACCCCCGCCCCAGCCUGCACAGCCUCUGCAGCCCAAGGCGCAGGCUGGGCCCAGGAGCCGCCCCAAGAAGCGUGAGGGUGUGCACCUGCCCACCACCAAGGAGCUGGCCAAGCGGCAGCGCCUGCCCUCCGUGGAGAACCGGCCCAAGAUUGCAGCCUUCCUGCCCGCCCGGCAGCUCUGGAAGUGGUUUGGCAAGCCCACCCAGCGCCGCGGCAUGAAGGGCAAGGCCCGCAAGCUCUUCUACAAGGCCAUCGUGCGCGGGAAGGAGAUGAUCCGCAUCGGGGACUGCGCCGUGUUCCUGUCGGCUGGGCGCCCCAACCUCCCCUACAUUGGCCGCAUCCAGAGCAUGUGGGAGUCGUGGGGCAGCAACAUGGUGGUCCGCGUCAAGUGGUUCUACCACCCCGAGGAGACCAGCCCGGGCCGGCAGCUCCACGAGGGCCAGCCCUGGGACCAGAAGUCUGGCCGCAGCCUUCCCGCCGCCUUGCGGGCCUCCAGCCAGCGGAAGGACUUCAUGGAGCGCGCCCUGUACCAGUCCUCGCACGUGGACGAGAAUGACGUGCAGACAGUGUCGCACAAGUGCCUGGUGGUGGGCCUGGAGCAGUACGAGCAGAUGCUGAAGACCAAGAAGUACCAGGACAGCGAGGGCCUGUACUACCUGGCGGGCACCUACGAGCCCACGACGGGCAUGAUCUUCUCCACGGACGGCGUGCCCAUGCUGUGCUGAGGACCCGGCCCUCCCGCCAGGCCCACUGCUGGGGCGCGGACACGAGCGCGUGCAUGUAUGUGCCCGCGCGCGCCCGGGCAAGUGAGGCGUGUGUGCCCGUAUGCAUGCACGUGUGCACACGGCCCAGCCCCCCGGGCCGGCUCCUCGGCGACCAGGGUGUGGCUGUUCCACGGCGGCCCGGCCCCAGCACCUUCCCAGCCCUUGCAGACUGAGGCCCCACAGACGGGACAGCCGCCGCCACCCGCUGCCCACUGCCUGCUCAGGACGGAGGGCGGCCUGGACUUGGGGACGGAGCGGGCAGGGAGCGCAGCCCCUCACACUACAGACCCCCAUGGUGCUGACCCCCCAGCAGCGCCCGCCGCCAGGAGGGCGCCGGGUCCUCAACCUGUACAGUUUUAUUGUACCGAGAGCGACUCCCCGCCCCUGUAUGAUACGCCUUUAAAUGGAGUCAACUUUUUAACUAUAUAUAUAAAGAUAAAUAUAUAUAAAUAUAUAUAAAUAUAAACUUUUUAAAACUGUGAAAAAAUAGCUAUGAAAUUAUAAGGAAAAAAAGCGAACACACUCUGACGUGCGGAAUAUUAUUUUUUAUUUCCUGUUAGAUUGUGAGUGUCCAGCACCCGGCUUCACUGCCCCAGUCCCCCCCCCCCCCCACUGUGCUCGCCCCCAGACAGAGGAGGAGGAGGAGGGAGGGAGAGGGAGGGGAACCGCCAGCCCAGCGCCCCCUCCACUCGCUGGGCCAGAAAGCACUUAGCCAGCCCCGCCUUCCGGAACCGAAGUGGAACCGGAACCCACAGGAGGGCUCCAGCAGACAAUCUAGAGGGAAGGAAAAGCCAGACUUUGGUUUUGUUAUUUUGGGGGAAUUAUUGUUUUCCUUUUUUUUUUUUUUAAAGUUUCUUUUGGAAUUUUGUUUGUUGGCAAAUUCUGUGUGAUCUUUUUUCAUAAAAAAAAAGAAAAGAAAAAAUUUAAUUGGAAAAAGUA